AAAAGUCCUCUUUACAAUAUAAAAUUUAAAGGCCGCGACUGUGAUGUAAAACGUGAAGCACGGAAGCACGCGGUCACAUGUUUCCCUUUAACCGGAGCGUCGCGGAGCCGGAGGGAUGAAGGAGAGGAAGAGGAGGAUGAAAUAAUGAAGAUAAAGAUGAUCAGCGGAUUAUUAAUGAGAAUCAGCCGCACUGUCCUUCCUGUUACUUCACACACACCUCAAAACCUCACACACACCUUACCACUACUGCAGCUACAGCGAAGAGCUUACCACACACACAACCUCACCGGGAAACUCGUCCGAAACGGAGAGGAGAGGAAAUCUGUGAUCUGUAUUGAGGGAAACAUUGCGAGUGGCAAAACCACAUGUCUGGAGUAUUUCAGCAAAACCAGUAAUAUUGAGGUUCUGACAGAACCAGUAUCCAAAUGGAGAAACGUGCAGGGACACAAUCCACUGGCUUUGAUGUAUCAGGACCCGGAGAGAUGGGGACUCACGCUGCAGACAUACGUACAGCUGACCAUGCUGGACAGACACCUCUCCACAGUAGCGGCGCCAGUGAGAAUGAUGGAAAGGUCCAUCUACAGCGCAAAAUACAUAUUUGUUGAAAAUCUGUAUAAAAGUGGGAAGAUGCCUGAGGUGGAUUUUGCAGUUUUGUCGGAGUGGUUCGAGUGGAUUGUUAAAAACAUCGCCAUUCCUGUGGAUCUUAUCGUUUACCUGCAGACGACUCCUCAGACGUGUUACGAGCGUCUGAAGCAGCGCUGCCGAGAGGAGGAGCGGGUCAUUCCCAUGGAAUACCUGGAGGCUAUUCAUAAUCUGUACGAGGACUGGCUGAUAAAACAGACGUCGUUUAAAGUUCCUGCUCCGGUGCUGGUCAUCUCAGCUGAUGACGACCUCCAGAAGAUGCUUCAUCAGUAUGAGGAGAACAGAGAGAGGAUAUUAACAGCACGGCGAGCCUGAACCCGGAUCAACACCUGAGAUCCGUCUGCCAUCAACUCCUCACUGCUUUAGUUCAUCUCACUGUUAUUCUCUCAGUUUAUUCCAGAAGUAUCUGCAGAUCUCCAUCCUCACUAAACUCCAGAGCUUUCUGCUCCAUAACCCACAUUUAGCUCAUCCAGGCGUCAUCCAGCACCAUGUUCAAGCCUGGGUUGAACAGGGUUUACAAUGACUUAGCAACUGUUGCUAAGGCAACCACAUUUUGUGGGCGGAGCCUGGAAAAAUAAUUGAGUUGAUAUGAGCUUUUGAGGAUUUGAGUUAAGUGUGUUUGAGUGUGUUGGGAUCUUUGUGAUGUGGGUAUUUUACAAGGUGCUGAUGUUUUUAUUUACAGUGUAAUUUGAAUUAAUAAUUUAUAGGCUUAUCUGUGUCUGUAAUACAGCAUAGCAUAGGGUUAUUUACAUACUGACGUUAUACACUUCUGAUAUAACUUAAUUUAUUUGGCGUAUUUUGCUAAUUUAUUGUUUUUCAGACUAAAUAUAGCCAUUUGGACCACAUUUAUUUAAACUUAACGUAUUUUUCGCACUGUAAGGUGCAUUUUAAGCGACACUAGUAAGAAACAGGGGUGUCGCCAUGAUUUACUUAUAAUUUAGCAGGUCUUGCUGCUAGGGGAUGGCGCUUAGCGAGUAAUGCUAAUGCAGCUCUAGCAGUACUACCUGGGGUUAGAAACAGGCUACAGGGCGAUAAUACUUACCUCUGAACAUCCAAAAGAGCUAGUUGCUUAGCUCGGUUAGUGGCUAAUGGUAAUGUUGUCAUAUAACACUGUACUUCAGUGGAGUGGCUUUACUGCUCCUUAAUAUCUGUAGAAUUAAGAAUUCAUACAUAAGGCACACUGGAUUAUAAGACAAACGGAUGAUUUUUGCAAAUAUUAAAGGAUUUUAAGUGCGCCUUAUAGUGCGAAAAAUACGGUAAAUAUGCAGCUGUUGUAGUAAGUCUGAUUUAUAAUUUAUAAUCAUUCCACAUCUUAUUUUUGUCUGUUCACACCUGCUAUUAAAAUGAGUCCUGUUUGAUUUGAUUUAUUAACAAUAAGUGAUCAGAAUAAAGUAGAGGGAUAAACUGGAUACAAAGGCCAAAUCUGAUUUCUGGCAUAAGUUGAUUGUAAUAAGUUGGAUUUUUAAUAGUGUGGACAGCCAAAUUUGGAUUUUUACUGUAAUAAGUUGGAUUUUUAAUAGUGUGGACAGCCAAAUUUGGAUUUUUACCAAUCUAAUUCAAACCGUAUUAGGAGGUGGUUUGAAAUGCGAUUUAUAAUCUGUCUGGGCACUUAUAUUGUAUUACAGAAUGUAUUUUGUGUCUCUCACAAUGGCAUCAGAUCCUCAAAUCCAGAGUGAUGGAAGUGUGCUAAACUAACUAGCUGCCUCAUCUGGAUUUGACAAAACAGGAUUUGAGAAAACCCAUUUGAAACACCAGGUGUGAACAGAGCAUUUCUCUUAAUUAGGCUUCAGUUCUGUUCAGUGUUAACUGAGGUAAACGUUAUGACUGUGUAAACAAGACAAGAUACAAAACAAGUUUAAAAUAAUCAUUUUAUUUGUAUGAUGUGUAAAAAGUAACAGUUAUUAUUAAGAAUGGCACUUGUGAUUUGUGGACCAAGAGAAUCCAUUGCUGAUAAAACACCAUUUCUCCACUGAUUGAUUAAUCGAUUGAUUGGUUGGUUGGUUGAUUGUGAAGUGUGUUUUGUACGAGUCAUUUUCAUUUUGAUUUUCAUAAACAAAAAGCUGAA